AUGGCGUCGGAAGAGAGCAUGGUGAUCAACUCUUCUUCGGUUCUAGACGAAGAUGAUAACGAUCACGACGAUACAGAUCAUGAUGGCUUUCAUAAUUACUACCAGACAAGGCAAAACAGUUUGUCUAGGUUAUCUAUCUGCACAAGCUCCUUCCACGAAGACGAUGAAGAUCAUCAUCAUCCUUCAGAGCUACUGGGUAAUUUCGUCUCUGCUCUGUCGCUAGAGAGCUUGGACGAUGACGUCGGUGCCGAUGCCGACGGGGAAAUCUCCGAUGAUGGUGAUNGUUCUGUCAAAGUNUCCGGGUUCUACUCUCUCCCGGAGACCACAUCUCACCGGAGAAGGAAACUCACGGUUUCCGGCGAUGGUACUAAGAAGUGUAAUAUAGUAAGUCAACGGAGAGAAAAGAGCAAAAGAGAGAGUCAGUACGGUCACGGGUUUAACGGCGUUGACAGAGACAGCGGAGGAGGAGAAGAGUUGACGGUGCUAACGAAGAUGAGAGGAGGGAAGAAGUCAAUGAAGAUGGGUUUUGAAGAAGUGAAAGCGUGCAGAGAUCUCGGGUUCGAUUUGGAAGUUCCGGGUCGGGUUUCUUUAUCCGGCGGGUCAAACCGGGAGACUCAAACUAGUAGUGGCGGCAACUCUCCCAUUGCCAACUGGCGUAUCUCAAGUCCUGGGGAUGAUCCGAAAGAG